AUGAAGACGACGUGGAAGGAGAUCGCACCGGUUCCCACGUCCCAAGAAUUCCUCGACAUCGUCCUCUCCCGCACCCAACGCCGGCUCCCUACGCAAAUCCGUGCCGGCUUCAAGAUCACUCGUAUCCGCGCCUUCUACAUGCGCAAAGUGAAAUACACCGCCGAGACCUUCAGCGAGAAGCUCUCCGCCAUCCUUGACGGCUUCCCACGCUUAGCGGAUAUCCACCCGUUCCAUAAGGAUCUGCUGAACACGCUGUAUGAUGCGGAUCAUUUCCGGAUCGCGCUGGGCCAGUUGAACACGGCCAAGGGGCUGAUUGAGACGGUUUCGAGAGAUUAUAUCAGGUUGUUGAAGUAUGGACAGAGUUUGUUCCAGUGCAAGCAGCUCAAGCGUGCGGCUUUGGGCAGGAUGGCCACGAUCUGCAAGAGGCUGAGGGAUCCGCUCGUCUAUCUGGAGCAAGUACGCCAGCAUCUGGGACGUCUGCCUUCGAUCGACCCGAACACACGGACACUACUGAUCUGUGGAUACCCGAAUGUCGGCAAGUCUUCUUUCCUGAAGAACAUCAGUCGGGCGGAUGUGGAUGUUCAGCCGUACGCUUUCACGACCAAGUCGCUGUUCGUGGGACAUUUCGACUACAAGAUGUUGAGGUUUCAGGCCAUCGAUACUCCUGGUAUCUUGGACCAUCCACUGGAGGAAAUGAAUACGAUUGAGAUGCAGAGUAUCACGGCUAUUGCUCAUUUGAGGAGUGCGAUUAUGUAUUUCAUGGAUUUGAGCGAGCAGUGUGGGUACAGUGUGCAAGCACAGAUGGCACUGUUCAAGAGCAUCAAGCCGCUUUUCGCGAAUAAGUUGGUAUUCCUUGUCGUCAACAAGAUUGAUGUGAUGAGGCCAGAGGAUCUGGACGCUGAAACACAGGCUCAGUUGCAGGAGCUGUUGAAGAGUGGCAACGUCGAGCUGCUACAAGUGUCCUGCACAACCACGAAAGGUCUCAUGAAUGUGCGGAACGCAGUUUGUGACAGGCUGCUGGCAGAGCGAAACGCCCAGAAGCUCAAGGCCGGCACGAGCGCAACAGGAGAGCCCACGGGCCGUCUCGCGGACGUCCUAGCACGCAUCCACGUUGCUCAGCCUUUGGGUGGUGUGGUCCGCGAAGCCUACAUACCUGAUGCAGCUCUCAAUAAGAUGAAAUACGAUAGAGCAGACCCCGGCCGGCCGAAACUCAUGCGCGACAUCGAAGAAGAAAAUGGUGGCCCGGGCGUCUUCAACAUCAACCUCAAGGAUAAUUAUCUCCUCGACAACGACGAGUGGAAGGACGACAAGAUUCCCGAAACCUUCAACGGUCGCAACGUCUACGACUUCUUCGAUCCGGAGAUUGAGGCGAAACUCAAGGCGCUUGAGGAGGAAGAGGAGAGAUUGGAUGGGGAGGGCUACUACGCUGACGAAGUCGAGGAGCUGGAGGAUGCGGAGGAAGAAGAUGUGAGAUACAAGGCAGAGCUGAUCAGGGAGAAGAGGCAAUUGAUCAGGAAUGAGAAUAAGAUGAGGAAGAGUCUCAAGAAUCGCGCUGUGAUACCCAGGACGAAGAAGGCGAUCCAGCUUAAUAAAUUGGAAGCUGGAUUGCAGAAGGCUGGGUACGACACCAGCGCCAUCUCGGCUCGUGCCCGCUCACUCAGCCGUCCUUCACGUGGGCGCAGUCGUGCGGGUACGGAGGACGCUGGCCAGGAGGGUGCUGGUGGAGAUGCGAUGGACGUCGACGCCACACCCCAAGAGCGUCUGAGAAGGAGCUUGAGCGUGGCGAGGAAUCGCAGCGCGAGCACCAUCCGCGGUCAAUCGACCAACAGACGUGAGGAUGGUGUUACGGAUGAAGUUGCUAGGAGUAAAGCUGAUCGGUUGGCAAAGUUGGGGCAGAAGAAGAUGAAUCGCAUGGCGAGGCAGGGUGAGGGUGAUCGGCAUCAGACUGCUAGUAUUCCUAAGUGGUUGGUUGCUGGUAAGAGGGGGGCGGGGAGUACGCGGUCAAGGUAG